AUGAACACCGCCGCCGACUCUUCCCGCCUAUCGGGCGUCUUUGCCACCAUCGGCCUGCUCACAGCCGCCAUUGCCCUUACGAGGGCCAUUCAGUUCAUGAGCAUCUACCUGCUGCCCUCCCGUAUAACCCGAUAUGCCCACAGCACCAACGGCCAGCCGCCGUGGGCCCUGGUCACCGGCGCCUCGGACGGCAUCGGCCGUGGCUUUGCCGCUGAGCUCGCCAAGCAAGGGUUCAACGUCGUGCUGCAUGGCCGUAACCACGACAAGCUCUCUUUCGUCAUGUCGCAGCUGCAGGAGCGCCAUCCCGACAGGUCUUUUCGCAUUCUCAUCGCCGACGCCAGUAAAGUAGCCUGCUUGAACUGCAUCCGUCCUGUGCCCGGCCAGUCUCACACCCAUGAGCCGGACGGUUCCGCACCUGCACCUCCCACCGACUUUGACGCAUUGCGUACUGCCCUCGACGACCUCAACCUCACCGUCCUGGUAAAUAACGCUGGCGGUGGCGCUGUCAACCCGACGUUCCUGUCGCUUGGCGAAUCCUCGGAAGCUCGCAUCACCGGCAAUGUUAGCCUCAACGCCCUCUUUCCCUUGCAUCUCACUCGCGCCCUGCUUCCCACGCUGCGCCGCAAUUCUCCCUCGCUCGUCGUCAAUGUCAGCUCACUGGCCGACAACGGUCUGCCUCUGCUCGUCUCCUAUUGCGCCAGCAAGCGCUUCUUGUUGACCAUGACGGAAGCUGUCGUUCGCGAGAUGAAACUGCUCGGCAAGGGUGGCGAUGUUGAGCUGUUGGGCGUCCGUGUCGGCAAGACCACCAACACGGCCUACUUCACCGAGAAGCCGUCCUUCUUCACCCCAGACUCGCAGACCAUGGCUCGCGCAACCCUCGAAAAGGCGGGCUACGGCCACGGCAUUGUUGUUGGAUACUGGGGUCAUGCUCUCCAGCACCUUCUCAUCAAGGCGAUGCCUCUCUGGGUCAAGGACAGAGCAUUCAUUGCUGCUGUUCAGAUGGAGGCAGCCAUUGAUCGAAAAACUACUUAG